GAUGGUUCUACCGAGAGACGGCUUCUCAGAAGAGACUACUUCUUCAUCUUCAAACAAACAAAAAAAUCAUCGAUUCUGUUUCCCGUUUGAAUAUUAAAACAUUAUGCUUUCGCUAAACGAUUUACUGUAAGUUGUUAGGGUUUUCUCGAGCAAUAAAUCUUUCUCCUUAAUCUCUCUCCAUUUUUGCGCUACCAUUGAAUCCAAAUUGUUAGGGUUUUCUCACGCUUUAAUCAAUAUGCAAAAUUUCUUUCCAACAUUGCGAUUAAUUGGGAGAAGCAAAUUGUUGCGACAGAAUAAAGUUAAAUCGUUCAUUCGGCAUCGGAAUCGCACGAUCAAUUUAGAUGAUAUUGGGAAUUGUGUUCAAGUUCGAUGUUUAAGCAGCAUUGCUGGAUUUGAUUAUUUUUCUUCAAGAAAUUUAAUUCAUCGGCAUCAGAAUUCUUUCUAUCUUUUUGAGAAUUUGCAGAAGAGAUGGUUUUUAGGUAUUGGAGACGGUGAAGAAGGAAGUGCUUUAUCUAAAGUCCAUGAAGAAAGACUUGUUCUUGGCUACUCCCCUGAGCAGCUCUUUGCUGUUGUUGCAGCUGUAGACUUUUAUGAAGAUUUUUUACCUUGGUGUCAAAGAUCUGAGAUACUCCGACAUCAUCCUGAUGGGUCAUUUGAUGCUGAGCUAGAGAUUGGUUUUAAAUUUCUAGUGGAAAGUUAUGUCUCACAUGUGGUCUUAGACAAGCCAAAAUUGGUCAAGACCACUGCAUCUGAAAGCAAUCUUUUUGAACACUUGAUCAACAUUUGGGAAUUUACCCCAGGACCGACUCCUGAAACUUGUAACAUUCACUUCUUGGUUGAUUUCAAGUUCCGCUCGCCUCUAUACCGGCAGGUGGCGUCAUUAUUCUUUAACGAGGUUGUAUCUCGAUUAGUCAGCUCGUUCACAGACCGCUGUCGUCUGUUAUAUGGGCCAGGAGCAAUCGUUGAGCAAAAGGCAUAGGAAUUUGCAGUUAACUCGGUAACUCACCCCUUUGCGACUUCUGCUUGGUGACGUGCCAAAUGAUACAGUGACAUCAACUGAAAUUUAAAAUUUGCAGUAAACCGCUUAUUGUGGCGUCUGCUUGACACCAUGUCUAAUGUAUAGUGACAUCAACUGAAAGUCUGAAACUUGGUUAUGUCAAUUGAAAGUUAGGAGCUCAAUGCGUGAGCCUGUUUAACUGUGCGUUGUAUUCUUUAGAUUCUUUUCUUCAAACAGUUCCUUGAAGCUCUAUAAUUUACAAACUUCAUUGUGUACGAUUCAGAAAUUUUAGAUUGGAAGUUUAGGUGAUUAUAGGUUGGCUUCGAUGGAAAUUGGGAGGACUUAUUUUUUUAUAAAUUGUCAAUGACGAAGCCUGCAUACGUUUUUUCCUUUUUAAAGAACAUUUAACUUUUGAAAAUUGAAUGUUCUAAAUAUUCCCUAUCAAUUUGUGUCUAUGUUCUAACUAAUCUUAUCAAGCUCAUUGAAGUGAAUUGGCUUUGCAAUUUGAAGUCUACAGAUAACUUAUUAAAAGCGAGUUAGAGCCGUUUGCAGUUGAAAUUUGUCCAUGAAUGGUAGCAGAAGGGCCACACAAAACAUUCUUAAAACUUAAAUGUAGGGUUGAUCAUGAGUUAGGUCUGGGUUUGGUUGGAGUUGGGUCUGACUAAACCUAGACCUAUUUGUUUUGUGUAGAGUCUCAAUUUCAAACUUGGUUUUAAAUUUGUAGAUCUUAACCUGGACUUGUUGGGUCUAAUAGUCUAAGAUCAUAAUUCCUAGAAUUGAACCUAAAUACAUUAGAUCCCAGGCCUUAAAAUUAAGGUUGGAUGUAAAACGAAUUAACCCAAU